AUGUUAAAAGUUAAGGAAUAUAUACUUGUUGAUGAAUUAAAACACGAGUACACAACCCUUGUUCUCACAUCAUUUAGAUUCUCUCUACUCUUCCCCGCCCCUCAAUUCUCUCUCUAUUCAGCGCAAAUGCUUUCGCAAACUAAUUUUCUCUCGCAAUCUUCUCCAUUUCCUUCUCUCUCCUCAAAUUCUUCCCCCAAUUUUCAUCACACUCGUUUGCUUCACUUCUCUUCCACUUCUGUUUUCUCCUCGCCGCGCAUUUCUAUCUCUUAUCGGAAAUACCUUACGUCGAUUUCAAUGGCGUCGUCGAAUUCAGACCUCGCAAACAAUCAAACUGAAGUACUACAGUCAGGUUUAAACAAUGGCGACAUUGAACGGUUUUCUGAUGUUGCGAAUAGUCUCGCGGAUGCUUCUGGAAAAGUCAUUCGGAGUUUCUUUCGAAAGAACUUUGAAAUUCUUGACAAAGAUGAUUUAAGUCCUGUUACUAUUGCUGAUCGAACUGCAGAGGAAGCCAUGGUUUCUAUUCUUAUGGAAAAUUUUCCAUCUCAUGCAAUUUUUGGGGAAGAAAAUGGCUGGAGGUGUAAAGAAAAGCAUUCAGAUUAUGUAUGGGUUUUAGACCCUAUUGAUGGCACAAAGAGCUUUAUUACUGGAAAACCAUUGUUUGGUACUCUGAUAGCUCUUCUGUACAAGGGUAAGCCGAUUCUGGGCAUAAUUGAUCAACCUAUUUUAAGAGAGAGAUGGAUUGGUGUUAGUGGGAUGAAAACUACAUUGAACGGGAAGGAAGUAUCAACACGAAACUGUAAAGAUCUAUCACAAGUGUAUUUGUACACUACAAGUCCCCAUCUUUUUGCUGGAGCUGCUGAAGAUGCAUUCAUUCGUGUUAGGAAUAAGGUUAAAGUACCUCUCUAUGGUUGUGACUGCUAUGCUUAUGCUCUUCUAGCUUCCGGGUUUGUUGAUCUUGUCAUUGAAUCAGGCUUGAAGCCAUACGACUUCCUUGCAUUGAUUCCGGUUAUCAAAGGUGCUGGAGGAACUAUAACUGAUUGGGAAGGCAAAGAACUUCACUGGGAAGCUUCACCAGAAUCACGCGCAACAGGUUUUAAUGUGGUAGCAGCAGGAGAUUCAAAAGUUCACCAAGAAGCUGUCUUGUCCCUAGAAUGGAAGUAACUACAUUGGUUCAUGCCUUUUGCAGCUUCGUCGUUAACUUAUUUUAGCUAUGCUUAUGCAGUCAUCAUCAUCAACUGUUUAGUACAUUAUUUAUCCUAGGACUGUAGUUAAUGAAAUGUUUUGUUGCGGUUUCAAAGAAGACAAGCGAAUUUUUGCAACAAUCCAAAUUUGAGCAUUGCUUGAGUCAAAUGAAUAAAUGAUGUUGAUUGUUCAAUUUUUAAAAUUAUGAAAGGCAAUCUCACAAAUUCAGAACUGUUGUGAGCACUCUGGAAAAAUUUUAAAAAAAAUAGAGAAAACUGAAAAGUGUAGCAAAGUAAAAGAAAUAAAUAAAAUAUUUUGGUGUA